AUGAGUUUCAAAGCUACCGAGACCGUUCCGUUGUUCCGGAAACCCGUUUCGUUUCGUUCACCCAGCACGUUCCGGUUACUAACCGAAGCUGCUUCUUUCUACGAGUCAUACUUGAAUAGCCAGUUAUCAGUUCCUCCGAUUUCAGUCCCAAACCAGCUGAAGCUCUACAACCAACCAGGUCAUUCCCAUGUUUCCUCACACACUUCACCAUUUCCAGUACUUAAUGCAAAUGUUUCCGACUCCAAAACCGAACCCCCUCCAGUUCUUGACGGAAUCGCCGCCGUAGUGGGUGAACACGUGUUGUUCGGAGGUAAAAACGCUGCCAGCAACAACGUAGCCAACUCCGAAAACACCCAAGUUGCGGACUUCGUUAACUUUUCGGUGCGUUUUGGCAGUUCUGGAACUUCGAAAGAAGCGGCUGAUAAGAAGGGUACGGGAAACGUUUCAGUGCAGAAGAACUACAGGGGAGUGAGGAAGAGACCCUGGGGAAGGUUUUCGGCGGAGAUAAGGGACCGUAUAGGGCGUUGCAGACACUGGCUGGGGACUUUCGACACGGCAGAGGAAGCGGCGCGUGCGUAUGACUCGGCGGCGAGGAGGCUGAGAGGGGCAAAAGCUCAGACCAACUUUCAAAUCCCAUCGGUGAUUCCACUCUCGUAUGGCUCGGCUUCUUCAUCAGCUUGUGUUAAUAUUAAUGCUGCGGAGAAAAAGAGUAGAAGUCGUGGGGCUAAAUCCAAAUCGACGAGGGAGACUAGUUCAGUGGUGGUUACUUCAGUGGCUCAACUGUUUAGUCAGACUCCUGUUCCCAGAACUACUGUUAUUGGGAAUGGGAAUCAGAAUCUGGAGCUUGAUUUAAAGCUGGGCAUGAACUUUGGUUGCAGAGGAAGCUGGUAG